UCUGCAUAGCAGUAGAGUGUAGUAUAUAGAUACAGGUAUUAGGGAAUCGCUUUUACAAUACAUAGAUAUACAACGUACGUGUAGUUCCCGAUUAUCCGUUAGAUUAGCGCCAUUUUUCUAAGUGUAUUUUGUAUAUCUAUACUAUUGUAAUCACGAUUCAGCAUAUUCGGUCUGCACUGCAAUUCGCAAAUAUAGCCCACAACAACAGCUCGCAGCGAAGACUGCGCUCGACGCUAUCAAGAAGCACGCGGGGCGCGCCCGCCAUUGAUCUGCCGAUGACCGGCCGCGGUGGCGUCACUCAGCGAGGCCGCUUGCAAAAAAGCUUCCCGUGUACUCGCGUCCACUUGAAUCAUAAGUUACAAAAAUAUCUUUAAGCAAAGCCAUGGAUAAACCGAAUAGUGUGUCCAGCGUCGACGCUAUCUUCGCGCCUCUUUGUUCGACAAUCUAUGGGAUUAUUGCAACGCUGGCCAUUGCAGAACAGUGACGGAGUAGAGUGUGCGUGUGUGCGACUGCAUACAAUAAGUGCAUGUGUAUAGUGUCAUGCAUCGCUUGCAGGUAUACAGGUAAAGCGUCCGAUGUACACAAUGGAACGAUAAUAAGCGCGAGUGACUUUUACGAGCCGGACCUCAGUUCGAGGCUUCGUCGAUCGUCCUAAGACUCAUAUUAUUCUUCGGCUGUAAUCGCCGCGCCGCUCGCAGUGUCAACAAAGGCUCAAAACAAACAUUCUCCUUCUUUAUCAAUUUCGGCUGAUUACGUUUAUCUGUUAGAGAAGCACGAGUGAAUAUGAAUAUUGGUGGGACUAAAAACUUCGCUUCUCGAUUUCUUCAGCUCAAAAUUUUCAAUCGACGGCAUCACGAUCGUUGCUGCUAUUGGUGACUCUUGAAAAUUGGCUUGUACUUGAAAAUUCAAACAUGACUCUGUUAUCAAUUGGUGGGAAUAGUGUUAGUGGAAAUAGUCUCAGUGAGAAUGAGAGUGAAAAUGAAAAUUUUAAAGAAUAUGAAUCAGAUGUAUCUCAAAAAAGUAACAUCAGCUUAUCUAUCAAAUUUUCUGGUCUAUCUCAGUAUGAAAUAAGCAACCAAAUAUCAAGUUGUUUAAAACUUAAUGCUGAAAACAAAAUUACUGAUAAAAAUGCAUUUGGACUACAGCUAAUUGAUUUGUUCGCAUUUGUUCUUCGAAAACAAGAACCUCACAACAUGAAUUUGCAAAUGGCAAGUGCAUGCUUGGACGUCAGUGGAAAAAUUUAUGCAUAUCGAGUGGAUAAAGUUCACUCUGAUUUACUUAAAGUUGUUCAAGCUGGUAGAGGUACCAAAAGAGCAAUUGAAGAUGAAUAUAAUGAAUACGAUGAAGACCGUCCUAAACGAAAAAAGAAAAAAAAUAAACCUAAUAUAUUAUCCUCGAGUCAGGCAUUGAAGGGUUGCUUGGAGACAUAUAAUCCACUCUCAUUAGUUUAUUGUAAUACGGACCCACAGACUUCUGAUAAACUAUAUCAAUCAGCUUUCCCAUUUCAUGCUAAUUCUCAAAUGAGUUUAAAUUUAUUCAAUGAUGUUCUUCUUGACAAAGUUAUCAGAAAUUAUGAAAAUUAUGAGACUAUGAAAAUAAAUAAACUGGAUAAUUUUUCUAAUAAGGAACUGUGCCCAUCGUAUUCAAAUUUUCAAUUUCUCCAUUGGCAUGAAUGCCCAGAAAUUGAGAGUACAAAUACCGAAAGUAGUGUUGAUUACCAUUUUAAUCUUCAAUCUCCUCUUGAUGAAGGAUUUGUUGAUGAUUCCAUGUGCCGGGAUGGAUCAUUCAAUGACAAUGAAUUAUUUCAAGAUACAUUACAAAAUACAGAAAUCGUAGACUUUCAAGAUGUUAUUGAAAACCAAUCUAACCCGGAUAAAGAAUAUGAAUAUUCAUAUCUUCAGCCUGAACAUUACAAAAAAUGGAAUGGAAGUAGACAUUGGAGAUUAGUUUUCAACAAAAAGCGUAAAGUUAAGACAAAAGCACCCAUUGUCUCUAAACAGUCUGAUCACAACUCUAACUUGGUUAAAAUUGAGUGGGAACAUUUUCAUAAUUUUCAUAAUAAACCGGUUGUACUCUUGAAAAGGUUAUCAUUACCCCUUGAUAAAAGAGAAUGGGAUGAAAAUACAUUAGAAAAAAUAAGAAGUGAAGAAGCAAACCAUAAUCUUCGACGACAUUUUUCUGAUUCUGGCAUCGGUAGACAAAGAGAUACAGAUGAUUUUGAAGCUCUUACCACCUCUUUCCAACUUGAAGAUGAGUUCAAUGAUACAGAUCAGCUAGAUGAAGAUGGUGAUAGAAUUCGUACUUCAACUCCAAUAAAUCAUGAAUCAUUCACAGGUCCAAAUUUAAUCUCAGCUCCAACCACACCAAAAAAUGUUUUUGUACCAUAUUCUCGAAUUGCAAAAAAAGUAAACAUGCGAAAAUUGAAAGAGGCAGCUUGGAAAACACUCAUUCCAAGCGGAGAGAACACAAAUGAAGAAAUACAAACCACAUUUAGUGAGAUGUAUCAAAAAUUGCCACAAAAUUUGAGUAAAAUUAACGCGAAAAUUUUAAGUCCUGCUUUAGCGUUUGUAUCUUUACUUCAUUUGUCAAAUGAAAAUAAUUUAGAAUUAAGUCAACAAGAAGAACUUGAUGAUCUCUGCAUAAAUAGUUUCAGAGAUAACCAGUAAAACAACUAUUAGUCUUACUGAAGUGUUGAGAUAGUUUUAAAAUUAAAAAAUGACCAAAUUAAUGGCUUGAUUCAUGAGAUUCUAUUCUUGGCUGCAUGUAAUAUUGAAAAAUUGAAAAAUCAAAAUAGAAUGACAGAGUGCUAAACUAUCAACUUUUGUCAAGAUAUCUGUAUACAAAUUUUAUCUUCGAAUAUUAGUGUAAUUGUUGAAUCUGUGAUCUAUGUUUAUAACAAAAAACUGUAAUUAUGUAAAAUAUUUGUUGUUUAAAAAACUUAUAAUGUAAUUAGUAAGGUUAUUCAAAACAUGCAGAAUUUUGCAUGUAUUUUUAUUGCAUGUUGUAAUUUACUAAACUUGGUAAAUUUAUGUUAAACGUUGGUUAAUGUUGAAUGAAUAGUGCGUUAUUGCUUUCCAUGUAAUUGUGUAAAUAAAAAAAUAUCCAGUUAUAUUUUUUGUAAAAACCUAAGUUAGUCAUAAAAUUGACCUUGAACACUAUUCAUUACACAUAAUAAUGUAAAAAUGUUGUUAUAAAAAUUUUACAAGUGCAGAGAAAUAUUUCGUACAUUUGUAAAAGGUAGAACUUGUUUUUAUAGACGAUA